GUAAAUCAGGUCAGGAGAGGAGGUGGUUUGAGGAUGAGCCAAAGCUUAAGAAGAAAAUAAGCACAAAAGCUAAAACUGUGGUUGAAUUGGAGAACUUGAAGGAAGAUUACCAGGAGAAACUUGCCAUUUUAAAACAAAAGAGAAAGAAAGGUGUGUUAGAUUAUAUAGAAGAAAGGCAAGAAAAGAAGCUACAGAAGAAAAUUACUGUUAUUGAAAGAAGAAAAGAGAAAAUGGCCAAGAAGAAAAAAUCAUUCCGCACUGACCUCGGCCAACUAGAAGAGAUGAAGAAGAAGGCCAAAGAAGAACGCAAAGCUGAACUGAAAGCAAGAAAAGCUUACUACAAUAUCCAUGGGAAGCUUGUCUACAGUAAAUUUGACUUCUCGGAGCAUACCCCCAUACUGCAGGGUGUGGAGACAAAGUUAAGGCCAGAAGAUCUGAAAGUGAUGCUUGCCAAGACUUUGAAGGAGAAGGAAAAGAGGAAAGAUUUGGAGCAGAAAGGUGCUGGUGACGUGGCAGCAAAAAGAAUGGAGGAAGCAGCUUGGAGUUCGGCAAUGCAGAAAGCUGAAGGGAAAAAGGUUCGAGAUGAUGUAGAUUUACUAAGGAAAUCAAUCAAGCUAAAAGAAAAGCGAAAGAAGACGAGUUCAAAGAAGUGGGAACAUCGCAAGGAGAUGGUACAGAAGAGACAAGAGGAGAAACAAGCAAGAAGAAAGAGAAAUAUAAAAGCUCAGAAGGAGAGAAGACUGACUAAGAAGAUGGAAAAAAUGAAAUCUAAAGGUCACAUAGUACCAGGCUUUUAAUAGAGAGAGAUGGGAAAAAAAAAAAAAUAAGGGAAUGUGGCUAAGUUUAUUUGCCUUGCAUGUUUCGUUCACCUUCACCAAGAUUGGUGUAUGUAUAUGGAGUGAGGGAGAGAGAGAGAGUGACUGAGAGUGAGUGAAGUUUGUGAAUGAAACAUUUUGCAGGACUUCUUUCAUGGCUUGUGACUUCAUAAGUUCCCCAUACAAUUUUCUUUUUAUUUCAAAAGGACAUAUGCCUACUUAUAUAAACUAAUCAUCUGGAUUUUUUUGUUUUACAUAAAUGUUCUUAACCAUUUUUUGUUAUAUGAAGUUGCUUUUAUUUUAGAAUAAAAGAUUGGUAUGUUUCUACAGGUGAUUUUGGAUUGUGGUUAAAUAUGCAAAAGACGUUUCGUAUUCCCUAGACCUUUCCUGACGAUAAUGCAGAUAAUGUUGAUAUUACUUAUUGAAUUACAUGUAUUUAGAAAUAAGUAAAAGGUUGUUUCUAUGUUAUUGUUAUUAAUUUUAGUUAUAUUAUUAUUAUUAUUAUUAUUAUUAUUAUUAUUAUUAUUAUUAUUAUUAUUAUUAUUAUUAUUAUUAUUUUAUUACUACUACUAUUAAUUUGAAUUUUUUUUUUUCUUCUGAAAUAUACACAAGCUUAAGUUGGGCUACAUACAUAAUCAGUAGUGUCAAGAAUGUUGGAUGAAAGAAUACAAUAUUUAGUGUGGUGGAACAUUGCACCAUUAUACAUUACAACUUUUUGGUUGCCAACAAGAGUGCAAUGAUCUUGGUGAAUGUAGUGGCAUAACUGCUGGGUAUAUAUAUAUAUAUACACACUA